AUGGUUUUCAGUAUGUCUCUAGAGAGGGCCCCCCCACUAGUCCGGCUAGCUAGUGAGCGAUUCUUUCGGGCGAGAAGCAGGCUGGGCCGGCGGGCACGCACCGCAAGCAGCAUUGUUCGCCACCACCCGAGAAGCAAAAGAUUCGAGAGGAGUGGCUACCUACUGGAGCUUCGACCAACCACCACCGGUCAAUUCUGCUUUGGGGGCAACCCUUACUCUACCAUUAUUAUAGGGGUAUGGGGCUCGAGACAAAGAAAGAUCAAGGCAGCAUAUCAGUUUUUCCUUUAUACUUUACUUGGAUCUGUUUUUAUGCUAUUAGCUAUUCUGUUGAUUCUUCUCCAAACAGGAACCACCGAUUUACAAAUAUUAUUAACCACAGAAUUUAGUGAGCGGCGCCAAAUCUUUCUAUGGAUUGCUUUUUUCGCCUCUUUCGCCGUCAAAGUGCCUAUGGUACCAGUUCAUAUUUGGUUACCCGAAGCUCAUGUAGAGGCACCUACGGCAGGAUCCGUCAUCUUGGCAGGAAUUCUUUUAAAAUUGGGAACCUACGGGUUUUUAAGAUUUUCAAUACCCAUCUUUCCCGAAGCGACACUUUGUUUCACUCCUUUCAUUUAUACUUUAAGCGUGAUUGCUAUAAUAUAUACUUCCUUGACUACUUUAAGACAGAUCGAUCUUAAGAAGAUCAUUGCUUACUCCUCAGUAGCUCAUAUGAAUCUGGUGACUAUUGGUAUGUUUAGUCUGAACAUACAGGGAAUUGGAGGUAGCAUUUUACUGAUGUUAAGUCAUGGACUGGUUUCUUCAGCCCUUUUUCUAUGUGUUGGUGUUCUAUAUGACCGACAUAAGACUCGACUUGUUAGAUAUUAUGGAGGUUUAGUGAGCACCAUGCCGAAUUUCUCUACCAUUUUCUUCUUUUUUACUUUGGCCAAUAUGAGUUUACCUGGUACUAGCAGCUUUAUUGGGGAAUUUCUUAUCUUAGUAGGAGCUUUCCAAAGAAAUAGCUUAGUAGCCACAUUAGCGGCGCUUGGGAUGAUUUUAGGCGCGGCCUAUUCCCUUUGGCUAUAUAAUCGUGUGGUUUCUGGGAAUUUAAAACCCGAUUUCCUCCAUAAAUUCUCCGAUCCAAAUGGCAGAGAAGUUUCCAUAUUUAUACCUUUUCUUGUUGGAGUUGUUCGGAUGGGUGUUUACCCCAAAGUGUUCCCGGACCGCAUGCAUACAUCCGUAAGUAACUUAGUGCAACAUGGCAAAUUUCAUUGAGAGGAAUCAGCAAA